CCCAUUACUCUCUCUUCCCUAAAAUAAACCUCUCAUAAACCUAAACACAUGAAGGACAUUUUCAGGGCCUUCUCCCUUUUUCUCUUGCUCUCUUUCAUCUUUCUUAAACAUUAUUUCACUCUUCUCCAUAUAGACAAUAUAACUAAUUAAAUCUAUUUCUUCAACUACUCCUUUUUUCCCACUUUCUAUCUCUCAUUGUCAACACUACGAGCUAUCACUUUGAAUCUUUUCUUUUCUUUUUUGUUACUUUUUCUAAAGCCUCAUCCAUGGAGAAGAACUGUUUACGCACUGUGUAUCGUACAAGUUUAACAACAAUGAACACGUCGACGAUUGGUGGAGGAGCCAACCCCAGCGUGAAAAGCCAGAGGAACAAGGUGUGUCGGGCAGCAACCGAGGAAGAUUUCAUAAAUGGGAUUUCAUGGCCUCCAAGGAGUUACACUUGCAACUUUUGCAAAAGGGAAUUUAGAUCAGCUCAAGCUCUUGGUGGUCAUAUGAAUGUUCAUAGGAGAGAUAGAGCUUUGCUUUAUUCUCCUCCAGCUGAUGGUCAGUUCACUAAUCUCAACCUUAACCUCCUCCAUAACCCUAACCCUAAUAUCUCGUCUUACGACGAAGUCACAUUCGUCGGUCGAAAAGCUUCGGAUUUGAAGUUGUCAUCCAUGACAACUGAAAUUGCGACGAAACCUAAUAUGUUUGAGAGAGGUCAUUGGAAGAAGGGUGAGAAAUUCAAUAUUGGGUUGGAUAUUGAAAUUAGUACUACUUCUUCGACCAAUGUACUUACUGACUCCAAGAAGGAUAUUGAUUUGGAGCUUCGAUUAGGGUACUCAACUUAGAGAUCAAGAUGUGGGAUUUUUCGGUGAUUAUAUUUGACCUUGUAACAUGUUCUUCAAAAAUUUUAUUCACCGUCAUCUGUUAUAUUUUUGUAGUGUUUUAAACCCCAAGCUUAAGACAUUAUUGUUUCUAUCUUUCACUAUUUGUAUGUUUUAAUUUCAUUGGUAAGUUUAUCUUCUUUUUUCUGUCUGAUUUGGAAAAGGAUUUAAUUUCUUUCCUAACCAAACUUGUGUGUUAGUUUCUUGAUUUAGUUCCAAGAAAAUGAGAAGAAAUGUGAUUAAAUUCUCACAA